GCCUGGAUUAGGAGCUGUCCUUUCAUCCUUCCCCAUGUCUUUCACGGAGAGUUGCUGUAACUGUACACUUUCCCCUCUUUGUCCAUGUUAUUAUUCAUAACUCUUUCAUCCUUUUAAGCUCUUGUGAGGAAAAGCUCUAUUCGGGGCUCCAGCUGAUUCGGCCAUCAACACGAGCCGUGACAUCGGAGGCGCCUUGACUUUGCCUGCACUGUUUCUUUUCAACUUUCCCAGCCCGUUAUGAGUUUAUAUCCUGUUCGGAGGUGCUUAUAUGGCUCUUUUUUUUUAUACAGCUGCGGUUCUGUCUCUCGCCGGCACGUUCUGGGUGAUUCCUGAGGUGUUUUCAGCUCGCUGAAUUCGUGUAUCGCCACGCAAAGCCCACAGUCCCGCCCAGGAGUAAGACACGGUUUACCUCACCGACGACACCAAUAUUACCUGCAGUGCUGGGAAGAAAGGAGAAAAAAAGUGAGGCGAAAUGUGACUUAAUGCUCGAAUUUCUUUUCUUAUUUUUUGGAAGAAAGGUCUUUUUUUUUUUUUUCCUUUUUGCGCCCACUCGCGACGCCCGCCCCGCGAGCCCGUCGGCGUCGCGCGCUGCACACAGCAGAACAGGUCCAUAUUUACUUAGAUGGCCGAUUUCGUCAAGUGAAAGUGGAAAAACGGAGCCCGUCGGCCCCCGAAAGCCGCGCUAAACUUCUCUUUAGCGUCUCGUCGACUUAUUUCGGCGGCGCUUCGCCUCCCGCGGAGAUGUUUCCGCCGAGGACCCGCGAGGAAGCGCUCUGCGUGGCCGCGGACGCGCUCGUCGUCCGCCCGGCGGCUCGUGCCACCCUGCAGCCUGUCCGCUGAACAUUUUUUUUAAGUCCUCCCCUCGAGCCGUGCUGAGGGAGCAGUGUGUGUGCGCGCGCGAGGAGAAAGCGAAGCGGCCACACACACACACUCUCUCUCUCACUCAGACACACUGACUUCACCCCGUGCCCGUAGACACACCGAGAGGCUGCCGGGCUUCGCCUUUCUUCUCACUUUAUUCCGGCUCGAAGCUGGACGUGGUGGCGCGCAUGGACGACGCGCCGGACUCGCGGGGACCCGCGAGCGCGUAGGUGUGUGGAGGCGCUGAGGAGGGCUCGUGCCUAUUUUCCGUGUGUUCGCAGCAGCCUCCCCCCGGAUCAAUGAGAUGGUCGCCGCGAGGACAAGCUGUCCGAAUCUCACCUAAACGUUGAUACGUCUUGGGAGUGAUGCACUGGCUUCCCCUGGUUGCCAUGGUGCUCGCCUCGGCCCUCCCCUCCCCUCGCAGUCCGUCUCCAAGGCUCAUUAUCGCAGUGGCGCAGCGUGCCAGCAGCUCCGAUAACCACAGGAGCAACAGCAGCUACAAUUACGGCCACCUAAACUCGAGCAUGAGUGCAAGUCCCGACAGCAGAAACCAAAACCACAUUUCCAGAAGUAAGGAAUCCGAGGAUUACAGUUCUCACACUAAUCAGAGCCUCGGCAAGUUUGAGCGAUUAAACGAUGUCCCACGAAAGGACUACAGUGCGACGGCUAGUGGGAGCACAUUAAAACACGGUUCAGAUGGUGAACUUCCAGAUGUACAUUUACAGCACGGUCCAAAUGACACGGAGCACAACGUGUCCUCCUUUUCGAACCAGGUCAUGUAUAGAUCCCACGGCGAAAAGACACAGGGGAGUUCACUCGAGGUCAGCGAGCGACAGGAAAAUCUCCAAGGGAAUGACACGGUGAAAGACACAAGCCCUCAGCAUGCUGACGUUAGAGGGGGGCGAGCAGGAGCUGGUAGCAGUGAGAACUACAAGGGGAAGGGGGUGCAAGAAGACCGCCUCUCCCUGAGUGGCAGUGUACCGGAGGAUUACAAAUCUCAACAUGACGUCCAGCAGCGUGGUCAUUUCACGAACACAAGUGUUGCAAAGCACAGUAAAACGACAGACAUUUCUCCUCCGGGAGACUUCAGCACUCGUGAAAGCACCCGGACUUUACCGGAUGCCAGCGCCUCCUUGGAGCUGUAUGGAGAUGCUGAAAAGAUGCCUGGGACACAGAGCAUCCUUGAGGAGGUGGAAGGGAUCAUAGAGGGAGGGAAGUUGGUGGGUGAGGAAGAUCUCAUGUUCUUGGACACGCACCCCAGGGUACUGUUCUCCUCCUCUCCCUCUCCUCCAAGCCUCCCACCGGCGUUGCUCAUGCUAGAGGCAGAACUGCUGUCUGAUGACGUGGAGCAGGAGCACGCUUACGACCGGUGGGGGAACUACCCCGAUGCUGACCCCACCAUGUCCCCGUCCCACGCGAGCGCGGACCCAGACGCGCACCCAGAGGAGGCCUCCCCGGGAAAGGCGAGACUGAGACGCUCGCGCAUAGCGGCGCCUAGGAGCAGGGAGAUGCCCAUGUGCGAAGUGGAGAGCAGUUGGGUCACGGACAAGAAGACGGCUAUCGAUUCUUACGGGAAGAACGUCACCGUGCUGCCUGUGAUCCAGACCCUCACGGGACCCCUGCAGCAGUACUUCUACGAGACGCGCUGUAAGCCGGCCGAGUCCGUAGACACGGCGAGGGCAGGGAGAGCGUCCGGCACCGGGGCAGCCGGCGGAGCGGCAAAGCGUUCCGGCGUUUCUGGAGGAAGCUGCAUCGGGGUGGACAAGCGACAGUGGGUCAGCGAAUGCAAGGUCAAGCAGUCCUUCGUCAGGGCUCUGACCAUUGACGUCAACAAGAGGGUCGGCUGGAGGUGGAUCAGGAUCAACUCUUCCUGUGUUUGUGUGCUGCUUUCCAGGGUGACCAGAAACUAGUAGGAGAGAGGGAAUGAGAGCGGGAGCACAGGACACAUUCCUGGAGGCGCGGGAAAAGGCGGCGCUCGAGCGCUACAUCUGCGGCCAGUAUGCUUCGAAGGGAAAGAAAUUUUGGACGACGCUCUCGCUGCUUUCUAACAGCGGAGCCGGAUGGAUUUGGUGGAGCCUCACGGCGCGUUUUUCCCAAAGCGCCAGUCGUGGCCUCGCUCGAAUUCCGAGCGCGACUCUCAAGCUCGGGUGCCAGACCGAAUCCCGGGAGAGCUGCACGUGCGGCCGUUUCCAUUCCAACCCGUUGUCCUUGAGAGCUGUAGCAUUGGCAACCUGAGUGCAUUUCCAGAAAAAAAAAAAUUACUGUGAAGUACAUCGUGCAACAGAUGCAGUCUUACAGUUUUUCUUUGAUGUCCACAAUAAGGGAAGAAAGAAAGUGGUCAUUUAGUUAAGACGGGAAGUUGAAGCUCAAGAAGGCGCUAUUAAAAACCAGGCCCAUAAAGGUCAGGGAUUAGUCGUGAGGGUAGAAAUUCGGAGGUGCGUUAGGGCUGGCUGGCACCCAAGACAGCGCUAACAACUCCCUUCCUGUGGAUCACUGGGACAGGAGGACAAAUUACUGUGUAAGGUUUAGUCUGCGGUGAUAAGAACUGUUUCCCAUCAUCGACUACAGAUAGCAAGAUACACAUUUUGUCUGCGCUUACACACACUCUCAGGUUUCUCCCUCACACUUCUUUAUGCUUCCCCCCAGUCGUCCCCCUCAUCUUUGCCUUUCGCACUCCCCCUUCCCGCCGCUCUACCUCCCCAAGCCUUUCGGCACGAGCGGAUCUGCCCUACUCCACUUCCUUCCAUCCGUCCGUCUCGCGUCCCCUACUUAUCGGUCCCACGUAACGUAAAACCUCAUCUUAAGCAACUG